AUGUCAAAUUGCAGGUACUUAAUUAAUUCAUGCAUUCAAAACCAGACCUUUGACAUUCUUGAUUUUAGAACAAAACAGUCCAGAAAGACCAGAAGCUAUCAUGUAAGAUGUCAGAAUAGUUUUGAGCAGACCUUAGAUGGAGAGAAUGGUGGCAAUAGGAAGCUUAAAAUCCUCAUUGCAGGUGGGGGUAUUGGGGGGCUAGUUUUGGCACUAGCAGCGAAACAUAAAGGGUUUGAAGUACAGGUCUUUGAGAAGGACUUGAGUGCAGUGAGAGGGGAGGGACAACACCGUGGACCGAUUCAGCUUGUGAGUAGUGCUUUGGCGGUCCUGGAAGCCAUUGACGAGAGUGUCGCAAAACAAAUCAAGGAAGCAGGUUGUGUUACUGGCAAUAGGACCACUGGCUAUGCAGACGGUCUUUCGGGGGAAUGGAUUACCAAGUUUGAUCUUUCAUCUCCAGCUGUAAGUAGGGGGCUUCCUCUCACUCUAGUAAUAUGCAGGAUCGCACUGCAAGAUAUCUUACUCAAUGCUGUUGGGUUGGACAUUGUGAGAAACAAAUCUAAAGUGGUGGACUUCCUUGAAGACCCUAGCAAGGUCACUGUGAUCCUUGCAGAUGGCCAGCAAUAUGAUGGUGAUGUUUUAAUAGGAGCUGAUGGAAUAUGGUCAAAGGUGCGCGCAAAAUUAUUUGGGGAACGGGAAGCAAAAUAUUCAAAUUACACAUCCUACAGUGGAGUGACAAACUUUGUGCCACCAUAUAUUGAUAGUGUUGCGUACCGGAUCUUCUUGGGAUUGAACCAGUGCUUUGUUGCAACAGAUGUUGGGAAUGGAAAGAUACAAUGGUUUGCCAACCAUAAAGAGCAGCCUAUGAGCAAUGAUCCUCCUGAAGGCACAUUCCUCUCUGCCCCCUCCUUCCCUCUCCCUUCUCUAUGUUGCUGA